AUGGUACGGACAAUUGCGAGAGACACACACGGACAAGGACGCCUAAAAUCAGGACACGGAUCUGUCGUCUUCACAAUUCUUAACAGAUUUGCUACUUCCGAUCUGACCGGGAUGUCGCUUUCACCGUUGCAAUCCCCUGUCUCUGGUCCACCUCAGCACCGCCGAGCGUCAGCCUGGCUACGUUCUGGAGCCCCUCUCACGAUUGGGUUGCUACUGUACAUUGUUGUGUUCCAAUAUUCUGUAUAUCGUGCCGAUGUGAAACCAGUAGCAUCGCUACGCGAGGAUCGGCAUUUUUUAUAUUUGCAAAACAAUCUAAAAUGCAAAAAGGCAAGCAAAUUAAGCCGCCCACUUUCAAAAGAAAAUCCUGGUCUCGAUUUUACCCGACAAGACAAGCUGUAUUCUCAUCUUAAAAACGAUACAGUGGUUUUGCCCGUAACAACCUGGGAGCGUUUCAGCAUUAGACCACUCAAGAUACCAUACCCAAUAUUUAUGACAAGUUUGCCGAAAAGUGGCACCACAAGUCUGUGGCGAUAUUUUCGGUGCGGAGAAGUCAAUGCGUCCCAUCAAUACGUGACUAAGCAAGGCGAAAGGAAAGCGACACUAGCGGGUGUGUGUAUUCAAGACAAUAUUAAGCAAGACAAGCCUCCCUUUGAAGGAUGUGGUGAAUAUGAUUUGUUUUCUGAUACGGGUUAUCUUUUCUAUGACCAUGAUGAAGGGGAACAGUGCUUCUUCCCUUCGGUUGAUGCCUUGGAUCGUGUCUACGCUCACUAUCCGAACGCAACCUUCAUUAAUGUUAUUCGCGAUACUGCGUCAUGGUUUACAUCGUUAAAGAACUUCGCGCAAUCGUCUUUGUUUGUGAGGCUUCGACUUUGCAAUGGGACACAUUUCCCUGACGGCCAGUCAAAGGUGCAGGAUUGGUACAAGUUCUACAAUUGGCACAAUAAAAUGGUACAGCAAUUCGCUGUAGACCAUCCGUCGCUCACAUACAUCGAAGUCGAACUAGAAAGCAACACAACUUCUAAGGUACUAGAAGACUCGACCGGCAUCCCAUCACAAUGUUGGAAAAAAUGUCGACCAAACAAGAUGCUGUGCGACGAAGAACUUGAGGCACGAGAUCGCAAGACAGUUGAGGACUCAAGAAAGGGGGCAAAGCGCGAGGUGGUGAAAAAGCUGGAGAUCAAAAAAUCGCGUAUCCUCAAGUCAGGAAAGUUAAUCGAAAUGACUACAAAGCAUUGA